GUCGUAAACCUGGCUCCUGGCUCCAAUAAACCCGGGCUAAGAGCGCCCUGGGCUCGCCUCCUUCUCCAAGGCGAUCAAUAGGAUCUCAGGCGCACUACAAGCACUCUCUUACGUAGACAUCCACCAAGGAGAGAGCCGAUACAACAACACGGUUGAUCUGCUCCAACAAAAAAAAAAAAAAUCUACCUGCUCUCUGAAUCAUGUCGUUGAGCCCAAAGCACACAACGCCGUUUUCAGUGACAGAUAUUUUGAGUCCAAUCGAGGAGUCCUACAAGAAGUUUGGCGGCAUGGACGGCGCAGGGAACCUAACCUCUCCACUGGGAGCCUACCGACAGCCGCAGGUGUCUCAGACCGGCAUGCAGCAGCACUCCAUGGGCCACAACGCCAGCGUGGCCGCCACUUACCACAUGCCGCACACCGUCUCCCAGUUCUCCCACAGCGCAAUGGGGGGAUACUGCAACGGCGGCAUUGGCAACAUGGGAGACCUCCCGUCGUACCAGGAAAGCAUGCGGAAUAGUGCAGCAGCAACAGGGUGGUACAGCGCCAACCCCGAUCCCAGAUACUCCACAAUUUCUAGAUUCAUGGGACCUUCCACAGGUAUGAACAUGACCGGCAUGGGCAGUCUCACGGGAAUGGGGGACGCCACCAAAUCCAUGCCAGCUCUCCACGCUGCGCCCAGGAGGAAGCGGCGCGUCCUGUUCUCGCAGGCUCAAGUGUACGAGCUGGAGCGGAGGUUUAAGCAGCAGAAAUACCUGUCGGCGCCCGAGAGGGAGCACCUGGCCAGCAUGAUCCACCUGACACCGACCCAGGUGAAGAUCUGGUUUCAGAAUCACCGGUACAAGAUGAAGCGCCAGGCCAAGGACAAGGCGGCGCAGCAGCUGCAGCAGCAGCAGCAACAGGACGGCAACCUGUGCCAGCAGCAGGCGCAGUCGCCGCGGCGCGUGGCCGUGCCAGUUCUGGUGAAGGACGGCAAGCCGUGUCAGAACGGCUCCAACACGCCGACGCCGAACCAGCAGCAGGUGCAACAGGGCCAGCAGCAGGGCCAGCAGCAGAACGGGGCCGGGGUCGUGCUCGCGUCCUCGACCGGCAGCCUCGCCCAGCACCAGGGCCAGCAGCAGGUGAACGCGUUGGAGCUGGAGGAGAUGUCGCCGAGCCCCCCCUCGCUGCACAGCCAGCUAAACAUGGCCCAGAUAGACACGUCCGCUGUAGAUUACACCAGUAACAUGGUCAGCUCAAACCUCCUCUACGGCAGAACGUGGUAGGACCUAAUACUGUACUGUCACUUUGUUUUUUUAUGUCAACCUGCGGAUGAGCCCGUGCAAGAGCAAUAUAUAUAUAUAUAUAUAUAUAUAUAUAUAUAUAUAUAUAUAUAUAUAUAUAUAUAUAUAUCCCCGAAUAUAUAAUAUAUAUAUGUAAUAUAUAUGUAUUCGUGGGGCCUUUGGUGUUGGAGCGGACAAGACGCACACAAGGCGCACACAGAGGCGCACCAGCUGAUCAGGGCACAUUUUCUUGACAUCUCUGAGAGGGGAGUCUAUUUUUGAACAUUACAGAAAUGGCUGCCCUUGAAAGCAAUUAUGUCGUUUCUGGACCUUUUUUUUGUAAUCCAUGUUUUUUGGGACCUUCCUCAUGAUGUUUUAAACGUAGUCUAUGUUGUUCAAACAAAAAAGGAAUGCCGCUUCACUCGAGCACGGACUGA